AAUGGUGGCCAGACAUAUAUACACAAGACAAUGGAUAUACAAUAUAUGUUAUUGUUAGUCGGCCUCACAAUAACUUCCACUACAUGUACAGGUAUUUCAGGACUUAAAAUGCUGGUAGGGAAUUGCGUCGUCACCAAAAUUCGCCAGGAACGCCCAAGCAUCAAGCGAGACCAUUACUGCAUACGGGUGGGACAAUUUUACGUCUGCCGGGAAUGGCAGUGUUCCCGUGUAUCCUGUUUGGACGAUAAACCUGGGAUAGGCAACUGCAGGGUGUGUCCAGGCACUUGUAUUGACGGAGGGAAGGUGUACCGGGAGGGACAGGUAUUCCAAAGUGUGGACGGAGUGAACAUGUGUUCUUGUGGAGCUAAGAACGUAAAGAGAUGUUCCCAUCGACGUCGGGUGACAUUCAUAUCCCUGUGUCUCAUUUAACCCCGCAACAAUUUACAUUAUAUAGUAAACACGAAUUGCCUUUGAAUGACGAAGUCUUUGAAAACUUCCCCCAUAUCAACUUUGCUCUGUCGAAGGGAAUCUGAAUGUUCCUGGAUACAAAAUGGCGUUAAUAUUAGAUAUUUUGUUUAAAAGGUGACUGAAAUAAACGUCAUCCUUCUGGGAAAUACUAGCAGGAUUUGAGCGUAUCCAUAGUAACCGAUGUGUCUUUAUUUACAAUAUUUCGGGGCUUACGUCAUCAAUUUGUAAAAACCUGGUUCAAUAUAUGACAUUAUUUUAAAUGCCGCAGAUAUAUUUGUAUUGCUUAUGUUUUUCAUGUCUUCGUGUCGUUAAACAUACGAUUGUUGAAUACAUAUGUGCAGAUAUUUGCCAAUAUUAUACAAUUAUACAAGUACAUGUAACGUCUUUGGUUGAGGUCAAUAGCUGUGUGUAUCAACUUAGACGAAGAUAUUAACCUAGGACGCAGUAUUUAUGACACAAAAGUUAAACAAAUAAAAAUAACAA